AUGGCUGGACGAGUUGCACUCAUCACUGGCGCAGGACGCGGCAUCGGCUUGUCUGCGGCCAAGCUCUUCCUCGAAAACGGCUAUCGCGUAUUCUUGUCGGACGUCAGCCUCCAACAGGCGCGGAAGGAGCUGAGCGGGACGGACGGGGCGAGGAUCGGGUUCCUCGAGACGGAUGUCACGAAGGAGGACCAGGUCAAGGCCAUGUCACAGGCCGCCUUGAAGCAAUUCGGACAGGUCGACGCCGCGAUCGUCAACGCCGGAAUCCUCUCUCCCAUCGUUCCCUGGCUCGAGAGCACACCAGAAGACCUCGACCGGAUGCUCGACAUCAACGUCAAGGGCGCAUGGUUGACCUGCAAGCAUGCGGCGCAGGCGAUGCUCGACUCGCCUCACAAGGGCAAAGGAGGGUCGAUCGUCUUUGUCGCGUCGGUGGCGUCGCUUUACGGGCAGCCGGGUAUGAGUGGGUACUGCGCGUCAAAGUGGGCCGUCAGGGGACUAUCGCUCACUGCAGCAGCCGAGUUUGCGCCUCACGGCAUCCGAUCGAACUGCAUCCAGCCCGGCGCAACAGACACAGCCAUGUUCGCCGCCUUUCCUCCCGACCUGCAAUCCGCCGUCACAGUCCCCCUCAAGCGCGCCGCACAGCCAACCGAGAUUGCAGAAGUCAUGCUCUUCCUCGCGGGCGAGAAGAGCAGCUUCAUGAAUGGGUCGACGGUCGCGGUGCAUGGAGGUCAGACGCCGACGUAG